CUUCCUGCCAGGUUUGCAACACAGGCAGCGGGGGAGGAAGAAGUACAGGCAGAAGGGAGCUAGAGAGAGGUCGAGCAGCGCUGCAAGGAAGGACAAGAAGGGCGAGACACACAACGCGGCCAGGGACCCCACAUCCCACUCCUGACACGCUAUGUCCCUAGUAGAGACGAUCCGGCUGUGGCAAGAAGGGGUGUGCGCAGCAGAUGGGAAGGAGUGGAGGGCAGCCCUGGCUGCCUUCACGGCUGUCCAGAACCCCUCUGCCAAAAUCUGCUUUAACAUUGGUUGCGUCCACCUUGUUCUGGGGAAGCUGGCCGAGGCGGAGGAGGCUUUCACCCGGAGCAUCAGCUGCGACAAGCACCUGGCAGUGGCUUAUUUCCAGCGGGGGACCGUGUCUUACCAGAGGCAGAACCAUGAAAAAGCCAUCAAGGAUUUCAAAGAGGCGCUGGCCCAGCUGCGAGGCAACCAGCUCAUCGACUACAAGAUCCUGGGGCUGCGGUACAGGCUCUUUGCUUGUGAGAUACUCUAUAACGUCGCGCUGGUGUACGCCACGAUGGAGGACUGGAAGAAAGCUGAGGAGCACCUGACACUGGCCAUGAGCAUGAAGAGCGAGCCCCAGCACAACAAGAUCGACAGGGCAAUGGAAGCCAUCCUGAAGCAGAAACUCUGCGAGCUGGUGGCCAUUCCUGUGGGGAAGCUGUUUAGACCAAACGAAAAGCAAGUGGCUCAGCUGGAGAAGAAGGACUACCUGGGAAAGGCUAUGGUGGUGGCAUCUGUGGUGGACAAAGAUGAUUUUUCAGGAUUUGCUCCACUCCAACCACAGGCCUCUGGUCCUCCACCCAGACUCAAGACCCCAGAAAUUCUCAGGGCCCUCAAAGGGCAGCCGCACCGUGUCCUGUACGAGUUCAUCCCUGAGACUGCUGAGGAGCUACAAGUCCUGCCAGGAAACAUUGUCUUUGUCCUGAGUAAAGAGAAAGACAACUGGGCUACAGUGAUGUUCAACGGAAAGAAAGGGAUCGUCCCCUGCAACUACCUCGAGCCCAUGGAGCUCCAGAAUAAGCUGCACAUCCAGGAAGAAAUCCCUCCUGAAGACGAGAUCCCAGAGCCACCCAGCUCCUCUGCUCCAGAGAAGCCACGGCGGCCAGCACCAGACUAUGUUCCUGUUACUGCGACGCAGCUGAGAGAAGCAGCCAAGGAGGCUGAAGCAGCUGUCUCCAGCCCCCACAUCCUCAAGGUGCAUUACAAAUACACAAUCGCCCUGCAAGUUGAGCCAGGCCUCUCCUACACAGAACUCCGGGACCUGGUUUGCAAGAAACUGGAGCUGCAGCCCGAGCACACAAAGCUGAGGUACAAGCCUGCAGAGAGCCAAGCACUGGUGACUCUGAGUGCAGAUAACCUGGAGGUGGCUUGGAGCCAGAGCAAGGACAACUGUCUGACAGCCUGGUGUGACAUCACAGAGGGAGAGGGGUUUUUACCAGACAGCAAACCAGAGGAGUCACCGCAGGAGGCAACGCCAGAGGAGAUGGGACCAACCCAAGUUGUAGCACAGUACAGUUACGAAGCCACCCAGCCGGAAGACCUAGAGUUUCAGGCAGGAGAUGUGAUACUUGUUUUAUCCAAAGUGAAUGAAGACUGGUUAGAAGGCCAGUGCAACGGGAAGAUUGGCAUCUUCCCAUCCGCUUUCGUUCAGCAGUCUAACACUAAAGACCUGGAAAGCUGAUUUCAGAAGAGCUUAAAGUAGUCAGACAUGGAAAGAAAUUAAGGAUUCAUCUGUUGUAAUUAAGAAGUUUCCAUAUUAACCACUGCAUCUGAAAAUGGACUUAAAAUACUAUUGCUAUUUGUAUUAAAAGCUUCAUUUUACCUUUCGCAUCGUUCUCCAAAAAAACCCUGUACUUACUAAGAGACUUGCUCUGUCCCACCUACCCUAUCCUUAACAAAGCUUUUAUACGGACUAGCCAGUGGCUGGGAAAACCCACAGAGGGUGGUGCCACUUGCAUUUACAGCCCUGCCAACAGAUCCAGAAGAGGAACUGGCGUUCAGGAAGCUGAAGAUGAGGAAAGGCUGAACUUCUGACAGCGUUUGCUUCCUUAAACAUUACUGCCAAACCCAAGAGCUUAAACAAGAGAUACCGUGCAGCCUCACCCUGCUCCAAUUGAGAAUUCACUUCAAAACCAACCACAGUGACUUUAACACCCCACCCCCAAUACAAAUCUACACAUUUUCUCACCUUUGGGAGCUGUAUCUCAAAGCUUUUUCUCACAGCAGUCAGAAGAGACAGUAACUUCAAGAGACACUGCCUGGAGUCUCAGCAGGUUGUACAGCAGCAAAGUUGUUCCCUUUAUAAAAGCCUACACAGCUUUGAUGCCCUCUUCCCUAUCCAAAAGGUUUAGCCUCCCUCCGCCCUUGGCACUACUUUCACAGUAGUUCACCUUCCCCGGCUGCUGAUGCAUCUGGUCCUUUUAGCAUUUUAAAAUGAUCUACCCUCAAAACACCCAAGCUGUAGAUACAGCCAAGCCACCCAUAGUGCUGGGAACACUCAACUUCAAUGGUGCUCAGGGCAGCGGUUUCCCCACUUCCAGUCCUAUCACGCAAGUUCUGGCCAACUCCACUGCCCCAAUAAUCUAAAUAUCAUAAUUCUUUUUUAAAGGAACUUAUUCUGAAGUGUUGCCUGGAUACACUGAACACCUGUCAAUUCAAAACCAGAACACCUCUGUAAUUUUACUCAUUUGGAAUUAUGCUCUUUAGAAACUGGCUGCAAACAGCCACCAUCCCGAUCUGCAGGCAGGUCAGCAGCAGAAGGAUCUGUGUCCUCCAACUCCCACUGCCUGUACUCUAUGGGGUUCAGUCUGCAACCGAAGAAGGGCUUUGCAGGCUACUCCCCAUCCCAGAUUUUUGGUUCAGUAGGUAAAACACAUAGCACAUAGGCAGCACAAAACCACAAUCCAAUUAUCUGCACUGAGCCCAAGCCAGAAUCUCUGCUAUUUAUUUGGUUCUCUUUCAAAUAGGGAAGAAAAAAAAAAAUCAACUUCAAACUUUCUUCUGACUUCUCCAGAAAAAUAACUCAUUUUUAAAAGCCUGCAUCCAAGCUACGCAGGAAAUAAACACUGCACACAGACCUGGGUGGAGAGAACAUGGUUUAAUUAAAGGCAAAGCUGAUUUCAGCAGCUGCAGUUCUUGCACAGACAGACAAAAAACACAAAAAAGCUUACGACACAAACCAGUUUCUGUUGGGGGCCCCUUCCCUCGCUCCCCCAGGUGUCGGAGGGCGGGAGGGGAGUCCCAGCUGAGAGAUGGAUGCAUUCCCAAGGCUGGAUGCUCAUGCACAAGUGGAACGGUGCGGCUGGGACCCUGGCACUGCCGGGGGUGAGAUGGUGAACCUGGUUAGCUCGUCUAGGGUGCAAGAGUCAGUGACGGUUCAAACACUGGAAUGUCGCAGCUGCCUGGGUGCACAGCUCGAUACACAAACCGGGGGGCUGGAGGGAAGUACAGAGGGGUUUGGUUCAUACUACCACUGGGUGGGAACUUCACUUUUUGGACUUAAGGGAAAUACAGCUUUGAAACGCAACAAAGAACAGUGAUGUUGCUAAGGUGGAGAUUGUGGGGGAGCUGCUCAUACCCCCGGAGGGGUAUCGUGUCUCCUCCAUCUUCCCUUUUUGUAUUCUUUGGGGCUGCCCGGACUCCAGUGUCACUUCGGCUCCUGCAUGUGCUUUGCUCUGCAGCUGACUUCCAGCACAGAGAUCCUGAAUCAUCACACAAAGCCCUACUGCUGAACACAGCAAACGGACAUUGAGAUUUUCCGUAACUUCCCUGGGAAACCUAACAAAAAUGCUGUCCUUUUCUUUAAUGAAGCUUCCAGUCUUCCUUCCCCCUAAUAAAUAGCAAAUAAAACAUUUUUCUUUUCCAUU